AACUUUAAAGUUGGGUAGAGAGAGAAAGUGGUGUAUAUCUCUGAAUGUGACACAUUUUUACACAUUUCACUGAGCUUUUCCUCUUCUCUUUUCUGGUAUCCUCUUCUCACAUUCUCACCGAUUCUUCAGAUCCCUUCUUCUUUUUUUUUUCCUUUUUUCCCCCUUAGUACUCUGUUUUAUCCAUCAUUUUCCCGGAAUUUCCCCUGUAUAUUUUUUUUAGUUAAAUCCAUUUUUAGUUCUAGAAAUCUCUAUUUUGCUACUGUUUGAUGAAACCCUUUUCUGGGAUUCACCCGAUUUAGGGUUUUCCUCUUCCAAAUUGGGUGGUUUUUCAAGCUUCCAGAACUCAGAUUUGAGCUGUUGAGAUCUGUGGAUGCUUUAAACUCAGGUCUUUUCUUGGGUUUUGCAGAUUAUUAAUUUUAUAUAUUUUGAAAAUAUUGAAAAAAGGGAAAAAAAAGUUAGUGGUUGAGGGUAUUGAUAUAAUUAAGUUGGUGGGUUGAACUUAGUUCCGAGACUUAAGGGUUACAUUAACGAAGUUUUAAAUUUCAAUUUUGUUGUUAGAGUCUGAAUUUUGAGAGGAUUUCUUUUGAGAAACCCAGAAAAAUGCAGAAGCCUCCGCAGGAAGAUUUCUCUCUCAAAGAGACAAAUCCCCACCUUGGUGGUGGAAAAGCGACUGGUGAUAAGCUCACUAGCACUUAUGAUCUUGUUGAGCAAAUGCAAUACCUGUAUGUCAGGGUUGUUAAGGCUAAAGACUUGCCUAGUAUGGAUGUUACUGGUGGUUGUGACCCGUAUGUCGAAGUGAGGCUCGGAAACUAUAAGGGUACAACUCGACAUUUCGAAAAGAAGUCGAAUCCUGAAUGGAGUCAGGUCUUUGCUUUCUCUAAGGAGCGGAUUCAGGCAUCUGUUCUCGAGGUCACUGUUAAGGAUAAGGAUCUUGUCAAGGAUGAUUUCAUUGGCCGUACUUUGUUUGAUCUUAAUGAGGUCCCGAAGAGAGUGCCCCCUGAUAGUCCUUUGGCGCCGCAGUGGUAUAGGCUUGAAGACAGGAAAGGUGAUAAGGGUAAAGGAGAGUUGAUGUUAGCUGUGUGGUGGGGUACUCAAGCUGAUGAAGCCUUUCCUGAGGCAUGGCAUUCUGAUGCUGCUACUGUGAGUGGGACAGAUGCUCUUGCUAAUAUUCGUUCGAAGGUGUAUCUCUCUCCUAAGCUUUGGUAUUUGAGGGUGAAUGUGAUUGAAGCUCAAGACUUGGUUCCAGGUGACAAAGGUCGCUUUCCUGAAGUCUAUGUAAAGGCUAUUCUUGGAAGCCAGGCUCUUAGAACUAGAGUGUCUCAAAGCAGAAGUAUCAAUCCUUUGUGGAAUGAGGAUCUUAUGUUCGUAGCAGCAGAGCCUUUUGAAGAGCCCUUGAUUUUGAGCGUGGAGGACAGGGUUGGGCCUAACAAGGAUGAUGUGUUGGGUAGGUGUGCAAUUCCGCUGCAAUAUGUUGACAGGCGGCUAGAUCAUAAACCGAUUAACACUAGAUGGUUCAAUCUUGAGAAACAUGUUGUCGUAGAUGGUGAAAAAAAGAAGGAAAUCAAGUUUGCCAGUCGCAUUCAUCUGAGGGUCUGUUUGGAAGGUGGUUAUCAUGUUUUGGACGAGUCAACACAUUAUAGUAGUGAUCUCAGACCUACUGCUAAACAGUUGUGGAAGCAUAGCAUCGGAGUUCUUGAACUGGGCGUCUUAACUGCUCAGGGUUUGAUGCCUAUGAAGGUGAAGGAUGGCCGCCAGACCACAGACGCUUAUUGUGUUGCCAAAUAUGGUCAAAAGUGGGUGAGAACAAGAACUAUUAUCGAUAGUUUCAGCCCUAAGUGGAACGAGCAGUAUACAUGGGAGGUGUUUGAUCCUUGCACAGUCAUCACUGUUGGAGUUUUUGACAACUGUCAUUUACACGGAGGAGGAGAUAAAGGUGGCGGAGCAAGGGAUUCGAGAAUUGGAAAAGUGAGAAUUCGUCUUUCUUCCCUUGAAACUGAUCGUGUGUAUACUCAUGCAUACCCGCUUUUGGUGUUGCACCCUUCAGGGGUGAAGAAGAUGGGUGAAAUCCAACUGGCUGUGAGGUUCACAUGUUCAUCUUUGCUCAACAUGAUGCAUAUGUACUCUCAUCCAUUGCUUCCUAAGAUGCAUUACCUUCAUCCUUUAACUGUGAGUCAGCUUGAUAACCUGAGGCACCAAGCCACCCAGAUUGUGUCAAUGAGGUUAAGUCGUGCUGAGCCACCUUUGAGGAAGGAAGUGGUUGAAUACAUGUUGGAUGUGGGUUCUCAUAUGUGGAGUAUGAGACGGAGCAAGGCAAAUUUCUUCAGGAUCAUGAACGUCUUAGGUGGAAUAAUUGCUGUUGGAAGAUGGUUUGAUCAAAUAUGUAACUGGAAAAACCCCAUCACCACUGUUCUUAUCCACAUCUUGUUCUUUAUUUUGGUCAUGUACCCUGAAUUAAUUUUACCAACAAUAUUCUUGUACCUGUUCCUCAUUGGAGUAUGGUACUACAGAUGGAGGCCAAGGAAUCCGCCCCAUAUGGACACUCGCCUUUCUCAUGCAGAUUCUUCUCACCCUGAUGAACUGGAUGAAGAAUUUGAUACAUUUCCAACUUCUAAACCAGCUGAUAUUGUAAGGAUGAGGUAUGAUCGUUUGAGGAGUAUAGCCGGGAGGAUCCAGACUGUUGUUGGUGACUUGGCAACUCAGGGUGAGAGGCUCCAGUCUUUGCUAAGCUGGCGGGACCCAAGAGCCACUGCAUUGUUUGUUAUAUUCUGCUUGGUUGCUGCCAUUGUUCUGUAUGUCACACCAUUCCAGGUAGUGGCUCUUCUGUCCGGGUUUUAUGUGCUAAGACACCCUAGGUUCCGCCAUAAGCUCCCAUCUGUUCCCCUAAAUUUCUUCAGAAGGCUGCCUGCUCGUACAGACUCGAUGUUGUGAGACAUUUUCAGAUCUUUAGCUGGAUUUAUUUUGAAUGGCACCUAUUUUCCCCUAUGUCAUAAAGAAGCUGCUGACACUCUGGUGCUCAUUUUCUUUCGGUUAGUGGCGAAUAUUAGAUAUGGGGGGUAUGCUGUUUUACCCCCUUUUCUGCAAACUGGUGGAAUUGUGGUUCUAUGUUUUGUGUAUGUUGUAGAAUCAUUGGCCUGUAUGUUGACUAUAUGGGAACCGUAUUUAUGUGUUGAGUCUUGAUCUGAGUCUAAUAUGUAUUUUUCUUCCUUAA